CAUUUGCGAUCCGUUCGUGCUCCCACGAGUCCGGACUCCGCCCGACGCCAUUCCUGUUUCCUCCCUCUUCAGCCGCCGCGCCGCCAGAGACAUGUCGAGGCUCGCGGCCGCCGCCCUCCGCCGCGGCGUUGCCGCAUCAAGGGAUCCCUCCUCCUCCUCUCGCCUGGCCGCUUCCGCGCCGGGGUCCGCUCGGCUCUUCUCAGCGGAUGCAUCCGGCGAAGCCGCGGCCGCGGGCGCGGACUCGCAGAACGACCCUUUCCUCAAGGCAUCCAGCGAAGGAUUGGCCUAUGGAAGGUUCUACAGUACCGCUGGCGUGGGAAACCGUCUUGAAAAGAACAUGUUGAAAACAGACAUUAUCCAUCACCUUGACAGAUGUGGAUUGUCAUUGGAUGAUGUGAAGAUGGAUUACAACAGGGGAUUUACUCCGUUGAGCGCUUUGUUGAGGUUUCCUUCAAAGGCAGCGUUUACCACAGCAACUAGGCAAACAAGUCAGAAUCGUCUAUACAAGAUGGAAGCGAUAAGUCGUGAUGUGUGGGAUCUCAAACAAUCUUUCGAUGGAAAAGCAGUACUAUUGCAAGGAGUUCCACGAUAUGCCCUGCCAGAGGACAUAGAACGCUUUCUGUGUGGCACUAACUUUGAACCUUCAUUUGAAAACUUUCUCAGACCUGGUGUCCCAGAGCCCAUAAGAAUGGUGCUGGUUAAAUUUCGUACAAAGACCGAUGCGAUGAAUGCCUUCAUUACCAAAAACAGGAGUUUCUGUCUGAACAAUCAAGUUAGCAUGCGUCUUCUUCAGUAACUGAGGAGCCUUUGGAAUCAUGUGAUAUUUGGGUAAACUGUUUCAUCACAUUUUGUGGUUCUGUAGGUUUGAUGCAACUGGCAGCCUGAUUUAGGCCUUUUUCUCCGUCAUACUGUUGCGUGGUUUUAGUUGUACUCUUUCGCACGUUUCAUAUGUACCCAUGAUAUUAUUGUACUAUUCCUGAUUACCGUAAAAUAAAUCAACAGUAUGCCCCCUAAAGUUGGAAUCUACCUUGUUCUACCGCCGGCAGAACAAAGAAUACAAAUCUCGUCAGUUGGAUUGU